GAGUUGGAUAUGGACAAGUGUUCGGUACGGCUAUUGUGUCCACGUACUAUGCCACUUUGAUGGCUCUUACUCUUCGUUAUUUGAUAGAGUCGUGUUAUCCGACGCUGCCCUGGAGUUAUUGUCGCGAAGAGUGGGGCGACGCCUGUAUCGAUUCGAAGCUCAAUAAAACAAACGUUUUCACAAAUGAAACUAAAGUGAAAAGCACAUCGGCGGAAUUUUAUUUCACAAAAGUAAUUUUGCGAGAAAGGGACUCCAUACAUGAUGGAAUAGGUUACCCAAGUUGGUCGUUAGCCCUGACACUAGCUGUUUCUUGGCUCGUGAUAGUCUCCAUACUUCUUAAAGGCAUUAAGAGCUCGGGCAAGGCAUCAUAUGUCCUUGCACUUUUUCCCUAUGUGGUUAUGUUUAUCCUACUCAUACGUUCAUUGACACUGCCAGGCGCUCUCAAUGGUGUUUUGUAUUUUCUGAAACCUCAGUGGGAUAAACUUCUAGACCCAAAGGUAUGGUAUGCAGCUGUUACUCAAGUAUUUUUUUCGCUUGCCAUUUGUUUUGGAAACAUAAUCAUGUACGCCUCGUACAACCGAUUCCGGCACAACAUAAAAAGGGACUGCACAAUUGUCACCACCUUAGACACGUUCACUUCGCUUCUCUCUGGUGUAAUCAUUUUCGGCAUCCUCGGAAACUUAGCUCACGAAUCAAAUACCUCUGAUAUACAAAAUGUUGUAAAGAGUAACACGGGACUCGCGUUCAUCUCGUAUCCAGACGCCAUAUCUAAAUUUGAGUUUCUACCACAAGUAUUUUCCGUGCUCUUCUUUUUGAUGUUGUUUGUACUGGGUAUCGGAAGCAAUGUGGGCAUGGCUUCGUGCGUUAUGACCGUAUUAAAAGAUCAAUUCACCAACACAAAACAAUGGAUUAUUGCUGUGGGCAUCGCUGUUGUAUGUUAUGGAAUCGGCCUUAUAUAUAUAACUCCAGGUGGUCAAUAUCUAUUGAACUUUAUGGACUUCUACGGGGCGUCAUUCGUAGCUUUAGUAUUGGCGAUAUUCGAACUGAUCGCUGUUGGCUGGAUAUAUGGCGUAAAAACCCUGUGUCAUGACGUUUACUUCAUGUUGGGUAUAAAAACUUCUCUCUAUUAUCGGAUUUGCUGGGGAUUAAUUACACCCGCCUUCAUGGCUGCAGUUCUGAUCUAUACGCUGGUGAACUAUACGCCCUUACAAUACAAUGGCUAUACCUAUCAGGAUGGAUUAUACAUUUUUGGUUGGUGCGUCUCAGGUUUCGGCUGUGGUCAACUACUUGUUUGGGCUAUAGGCGAAGUUUGCUACCGAACCAGUGGGACAAUGUGCGAGCGGAUAAAGGAGAGCUUUAAGCCCGAAGCCGAUUGGGGGCCAUUGGACCCUGCUACUUUGAAAGAGUAUCAGCUAUUCAAAACAGAAGAACGGACAAAUGAAAUGUUUAAAAAAACUGGGAUCUGCUACAAAAUAUACGAUAAUAUAUUUGGUUAGAAUUUAAGUACAUAUCUGUAUAUAAGUACAUAAGUAAAUAGUUUAAUAUCGCUGACAUAUAAUAUGUAUGUACAUUAGACUGUCCCAAGAAUAUUUCGAAAACAAAUUGUUUGCAAAUUUUUAUAUGAAUACCCUCUAUAUUUGUGUUUUUUAUCCUAAAUAAGAUACAUACAUAUGUACAUAUAUUUAAGUUUGACCGUAAGAUAAUGAUACCCCGUGCAGACUUUUAGUUGAAGUUUUAGUUAAUAACUUGAAUUAAGGCUUCCAAAUUGUUCAUGAAAACUAUGAAAAAUUCUAUAUGUUUUCCAUAUUUGAACGCAUUUCUAGUAAAUCUGCACCUUUAAAUUUUAAAAGGACGGCAGAAUUUAAUUUUUUUUAAUAUCUUUUGAAAUUUGUAUCCUUUACUAU